GGCACAGUGGAAACAUGUCGGGAAGGAGAGAGCCCAGCGGAGGAACUGCGCUCAUUAAAGCUACACCUGAGACUUAAACGGAGUCAGCUCAGACAGACGGACGGCGGCGCUUUAGCCGAGUUAGCAGCUGCCGGCGUUAAAAUUUCACGUACCGGUGAGGAGCGAAUGGACGGUUGAAGACAAACAGCCGGGGCUCGAUCAGAAGCAGCAGCCUAGUAGGCAGGCACCCGGGCCGGGUAGAGGGAGAGGGGGGACAGCGUGUGUGUGCUCUAAACAAGGUUGCUGCUUGCUAGGGGAUGUUAUCCGUACUGUCUUAUGGCAGACUGGUAGCCAGGGCUGUCCUGGGCGGACUCUCUCAGACGGACGGUCGGGACUACAGCCUGAUCACCGCCAGUUAUGGCUUCGGUAAAGACUUUCGUAAAGGGAUCCUGAAGAAAGGGAUGUGCUACGGGGACGAUGCCUGCUUCAUUGCUCGGAACAAGAACGCAGAUGUUUUGGGCGUUGCGGACGGCGUAGGUGGUUGGCGUGACUAUGGCGUUGACCCGUCUCAAUUCUCAGCCACAUUAAUGAGAACCUGUGAGCGACUGGUGAAGGAGGGGCGCUUCACUCCCAGUAACCCAGUGGGGAUCCUGACGUCUGGCUACUAUGAGCUUCUACAGAACAAAGUUCCCCUGCUAGGGAGCAGUACAGCCUGUAUCGUUGUUCUGGAUCGCCGGAGUCACCGGUUACACACAUGCAAUCUUGGUGACUCUGGCUUUCUUGUGGUUCGGGGAGGAGAGGUGGUUCAUCGCUCAGAUGAGCAGCAGCACUAUUUUAAUACGCCCUUCCAGCUGUCAAUCGCUCCUCCUGGAGCUGAAGGGGUGGUGCUCAGUGACAGUCCUGAAGCAGCUGACAGCUCCUCCUUCGACGUGCAGCUUGGUGACAUCAUCCUGACAGCAACCGACGGCCUGUUUGAUAACAUGCCAGACUACAUGAUUCUGCAGGAGCUCAAAAAACUCAAGACUACCAACUAUGACAGCGUCCUGCAGACUGCACAGAGCAUUGCAAAGCAAGCUCAUGAUCUUGCCUACGACCCCAAUUAUAUGUCCCCUUUUGCACAGUUUGCCUGUGACAAUGGCCUGAAUGUAAGAGGAGGGAAGCCAGAUGAUAUCACGGUGCUGCUGUCCAUUGUGGCUGAAUAUACAGACUAAAAGUGUGUCUGACAGUGUGUGUGUGUGUGUGUCUGCGCUUCUCUGGGGCUGAUCCUCCCUUCCCGUCUGCCUAAAGUCUUCCACCUGCAGCCCCUCCCAAAAAUGUACUGCAUCCUGUGGGCUGACAGGGGGAGGCUCACCAUCCACGACACACACUCCUCCUCGCUGCAGGGCCGACGUCCACCCGUGUACAUUUUUUUGUUUUCUUCCUCUUUUUGUUUUGGUGCUUGAAUGGUUGAGGGGAAGCAGGCAGCUAGGACGUUUUCAUGUUGAUCAUGAUGCAGGAGGAGUUGAGUACGACGGGCUGAGGGAUGCCUUUCUGUCUCCUGUGUCUCAGUGUGGCAUCAGCACUUCUUAGGUGACUGAGAGACAGUUUAGGACAGUUUUAGGGCUUUAAAACAUUGGAGCUCGCGUGUAAAGAAGUGACAAUGUUAAAUGAGAAAGCCAAGGUUUUGGAUUCUUGGGAGCAUAGUGAUAGAGUUGACUAUUGUACCCAGCUAGCUGUCUCUGUUGUUCCAGUUAACGUUCCUUGUUUUAAAUGUGUUUGAACAAAGUAUAUAAAUGGACUGGGGAAGCUGAUGGUAGGAAUGGAUGGGAUUUCAGAGUUGGCUUUUAAUGUCUAGAAUGUGAACGACAAAAAGCUGCGUUUCCAUCAAGUUUUCGCUAUAGUACCUUUGGAACCAAAAGUAACACCUACGAGCAGGUACCUAGACCCUAGAUGUGAGAAGCGUUUCCACUGCAGACAGUACUCUUACAUGUGGGCGGGGUUCUUGUCACUCACUGCUCUGUCCUGCAGCACUCGCUGUAUUUCCUGCAAAAUAGGCUGCAAAAUAUUCUUUCAUUUUGUACAGUUAAUUAAUAAAAAGCUUGUCACAGUAUGAAUAGUGGUUAAACCAGCCACAGCUCAGCCCUCAGCACAGAUUGACUGAUUUUCUACAAAAAAAAUGAGGAUAGUAAGGAGUGGUUCUAUUGGUAUCAUCCACAAUGGAAACACAAAAAAAUGUAUACCAAUUUAAACUGAACCGACCUGCUUGAUGGAAACGCAGCUGAAGAGCUCCAAUCAAAGAAACCUGUAAAGGGAAAAACUUGUGAGAGCUCACAUGUGAAGGUUAAUCAGUUUGGCUGGUGGGGGGGAUCUGUCGGUGCGCACAUCCUGAUAAGUUGUAAAUAUUUUUGUGUUUUUGGGGCUUCGUUCUGGCCUUUCUGUUGUCCUUGCUUCAGCCGUUGAAGCAAAGAGCAAUUUCGUUACUAUCGUGGAUGAUGCACACAUGCAUUCAUAAAUAUAUUUUCUUGUAUAGACGUUAAUCUUGAAGUGAGCUUUAUCAAUCCCACACUUCCACUUGCUGAUAUGAACAAGAUUGCUGAGACUGAUCGCUGCAACACUUGUGUGGUAGGAAGGAUGUUAAAAAAAUGCGUGCGUAUGAUGUACAUGUGAGUUAUUGGAAUGUGUGGCGUAUUUAAUGUUAAUAUUUGUUAGCUCACAGAGCUAAAGCUAGCAUCUGGGAAUGCUUACUAUUGCAAUGAUAGGUCAGGCAUGAGUUUAAAGGAAGAUUUGUAUUUUUUUAAAGUUAUUCAGAGUUUGAAGUGUCUGCUGACACUGUGUGAUGGAUGACAAAGAUCCAGCUAUCUUAACGAGAAUCAGGUGUGUGUGUUGGCGAGUGUGUGUCAAAUUUGUUUCUCUCAGUUCCUUAUUUCCCUUUUACAUUUGUUUGCUGCUUCUCUUUUGUAAUUCAGAUGUCUGUAUAUGACUUGAUUUAUAUGUACAUACAUGUCCAUGAUUGUAGUGUGUGUGUGUGUGUGUGUGUGUGUGUGUGUGUGUGUGUGUGUGUGU